GCGCGCAUCUCCUUAGCAACGAGGCGUGAAGGUGCAAACAAACUCAGUCCUAGCGUGCGAUUGAUAGUGGAAGGUUGUAUAUUUUGAAGUGUUUCGUAUUAUAGUUGUACUAUUUUCAUUGACAUGGCAUAUAGAUACAUGGAUGAGUUGCCAGUGGAAGCUUUAGUUCGUUAUAAGGCCAAAUUAGAUAUUGUUGGACUUCACCAGUGCCCGUACAAACUAAAAGCCGACGAGUGGACCAAUAACCCGAAGCAGUGGCCCAAGAUUGAAUAUCCCGAUGUUUACCACUAUCUCAUUAAUACUCCAGGGGUUUUCAGCCAACAGCCAAAAGCAAACCAUCGGUCUUUGGAAGCCUACAACUUUUUUGUAUCUGGAUGGGUCCAAACUGUUUUGCACAUUAAAGUUGGUACCAAUACUGUUUUGAAAGCUGACGUGAAACCUUCCUGGCGGGUAACAGAGGACUGUCACCAUUCUUGGGUAGCAGUUGACAACAGUGCAUGUGUACUUACUGCACACUGUGACUGUAUGGCAGGUUUGGGGGAAUCUUGCUCACAUAUUGGUGCCUUGCUAUACAAGAUGGAAGCAGCAGUCCGUCUCGGAUACACAGACAGUGCUUGCACUGAUGUUCCUUGCCAGUGGAAUCAGUGUUUCACCAAAAAAGUGACACCAUCGCCUGUGGCCCGUAUUAACUUUUACACCGAAAAGGUAAAAGAAAAAGUAAGAAAGUGUAAUAUAAUUAAGAAACAUGCUACACCUGCCACUGAAGAUGAACAAAAACUGUUUCUUGCUGGGUUACAAAGCACAGGGGAAAAUAUUGUAGGAUUUGUGGCAUUCAGUGAAUAUAAUGAGUGUUUUUAUGAAUGA